AAAGGUCCAAGGCCGCCCCAGUUGUCAUAGUUUCAGUACAUUUUACAAUUGCUAAAGUUUUUUCCUGUUCGGUUGUUACAAAUCAAUCUCAAACCUCUAAAGGAAAAGAGCUACUAUUGUUCAUUAUGGAUCCUUCAUAUGCAAAAGGAGCAUCCAAAAUGCUAAAGGAUAGGAAACGCCAGCGGGAAGAGAAACAGUAUAAUCGGCAGCUCAGAGCUUUGUCAAACCUGCUACCAGGCUCAAAAGCUGAGUUGGAUGAGGUAUUAGUUGUUGAGAAUGCAACUAAGUACAUAAAGCACCUUGAAGAACGUGUGGAUAGUCUGGAAAGACGGUUGGAUAGUACUAUUGGCGAAGAAGAUGAGCAAUCAUCAGUUGUAUUAUCUGAGGAUACAAAGUCAGACAGCGAUUCUGAUUCCUCUCUACCUCAAAUUCUUGUGUAUAUUUCUCUAAGAGAUGUGAUCAUCUCCAUUCAAUGCAAAAACCACAAGAAUAUCAUCUGGGAGACGAUUUCAGAAGUUGAAAAGCAGCAGCUCUCAGUAAUCAGUUUCAAUACGAUGAGUUUUGGUCGUGCUGAGUUGGUUAUAAAUAUUCUUGCUAAGAUUAAGGAAGGAGCCUUGAUCAAUGCAAAUGAUCUUCGCAAUGAUAUGCGCUUGGUGAUAUUAAAGCAAAUGGAAGAUUAAUAAGUCUAUUUCCACCUGCAAUGUGUGUUUUUAGAGAGAUUGCAGGUGUUUGCUGGACCAAUUCAGGGGAGUGACGACGUCGCACAUCUUCCGUGAAGGGAAUCAGUGGGCUGACUUUUUGGCUAAUGUAGGAUGCAAGCAAAUUGGUCUGACUAUCUUGUUUGAGCAUCCACCAUUUUUACUUUCUUGUUAUCUUGUAGCCGAUAGGCGGAUGGUUGGUCAUGCGCGAUGGUGUUGUAACCAACCUUCUUAUGAUUAAAAGACUUCAUUUUAAGAUUGGAGAGAGAGAGAGAGUAAUCUAAGUUUCUAGCAUACGCACAUUCUCUAUGUCUGAGUUUUCCUGAUACAAAGUUACAAUGAUGAACAUGAAAUGUUUGUAAUAAGAUUCUUGAAUUUGUACUUGGCUUAUUAUUGGGAGGAAAAUGAACUGAUGGAUGUUCUCAUUAA